AUGUCCAAUUUUGUCGACUCGUCGCGGCCGAUGAUGAACUCUACAACACCCGCCCGCGCCUCCACCCGCCUGAGCACCUACUCCUCAACCCCGACCCUAACGCCCAGCAUCGCGCCCUCCACAACAUCCACCCUCGACGCGCGCACCGCCGACAUCAGCAAGUGGAACUCUGGCUUCGACCGCCUCGACGACAAGCGCCUGCAGCAGCAGCGGUACGUCGUCAGCAACGAGAAGAGCGGCGAGAUGAGCAAGCUGGCCCUCGGCGCGAAGCUGGAGCGCGCGCUGGGGAGACGGCUGAGUGGGCAGGAUGCGAGUUUUACCAGAGGGGUGAAGGCGGAGAAGGGGGUUGUUUGA